GGUAAGGUUUGCGCCUUGGCAUGAAGAUACGCCAACCUCUUGCAGAUAGUUCGCCGAACUCCACUAACGCCAAAGCCUUCACGUCGCUGACGCGUUACGCGGUGCAGGAGAAUGUGAUCACGUACUGUACAUUCUUCGGUAGGAGAUCGCGACCGAUUAUUAUUAUAGAAUUGCUGCUCGUCAUCAGAAAGAUCGCAGGAGGGUAGAAAUGAGCCGGCCAAUAACCAUAUUGAACAGUCCUUUACCUACGUUUCGCGAUAGCUCUGGCCUGCUGCAACUAGGACCUUCAAAUCGAAGGCAACGUGUUUAUUUCUCGGAGGAAGAAGAGGUGCAAAUCAUUCGUUGGUUACUGAGUCGACGCCACGAGUAUGCCGAGAAAAGAGUUCCGCGCGCAGAAUUUUGGGAAAGAUGUGGCAACUGGAUGCAGCAACAGUUCGGAAGAGCUUAUGCUCGUGUCGAUCGGUCAAUUGGGCAAAUAGAGAAGAGGAGAAGACGUGAGAUCGAUGCUGCAAUCCAAGCUUCAGGUGUUGCUGCGUCAGACACACAUUGGAAGCAAGCGGUGGAUAGUUGGAUCGAAUUUAUCGACAAACUAAAGCAAACCGAACGCAAGGAGAGAGAGGAGCGGUUUGCUGCUAGACAAAAUAAUAUCCAUCGGGGUCCACGGGGAGGCAGGAGGGGGAGGAAGAGGCGACGAACUGAAGAAUUGGACUCGCAGUCUCCUACACCAGAAUCCUCACCGUCACCUGAACCGCCUAGUAGUAGGAGCUCCUCGAGAUCUUUUAGACAAGCUCAGACUGCAAUCACGGCGCAGAAUCUCCCUCUUAUCCUGUCAUCAUUUUCAUCCAGCUUCGUGAAAAGUAUGGAACCAAUGGUUCGGCACAUGCAGGAGGCUCGGAGCCAGGAUAUCCAGGAGCUCAAACAGGAGUUUAAGAAUCAAAACGAGGUUCUAGGAAGACGGUUGGAACAGCUAUUUUCCGCGCGUUUUGAUCGCCUAGAGGGUCGGCUAGAGGGUCAGCUUGCAGAGUUUCAAAAUACGAUGAAGGGUCAGCUUGCAGAGUAUCAAAAUACGAUGCAGCGUCGGGUGGAAGAGAUUCAGGAUACGCUGCAGAGUAUAAUGGAGAUUUUAAAGAAUAGGCAGAAGAAUAUUUGAUUUGGUAGCAAGAACGGCCUCAUUCAGCUCCUGUACCUUGAGUAUACUGCAGUAAUUGCCUCUUACCUGAUUUAGC